UUGAUGAAUAGCUUGGUAUAGAAGUCAGGCAUAUGUUCCUACUAUGGUGGCUUGAAUCUAUUAUAUUGGGGUUAUAUUUUUUCUUUACAUCCUGGAUCAAAUGUUAUAUCCAAAACUGGCUAUCCAUCAAUGUAUCUUGUACUUGCAAAUCGAAUAUGCACCUAGACUUAUUUAUGUGCCUGAUGCAUUAUCCUGAGACAAAUAGCCCAAAAAAAUUACAUUAAAAAAUUUACAGUAUUUUUACUUGAAAAAAAAAAAUUAGAAAAUAAAAUAUUUACAAUUACGGUACUUUUAAAAAUUUAGAUAUUAUUUAAAAAAAAAAUUAAAAGAAGAAGAAGAAAGAAAAAGAAUCUUUUUAAGGCCAUCGCUCAAAAGCUGAAAAGUGUCGAAGAAAAUACCUCAGACCACUGCUGCUAUGGCUUGCGGAUUAGUCAAAUAUGGAAUCAUCGGCGUGGGGAUGAUGGGCAGAGAGCAUCUCAUCAAUCUCCACCACCUCAGGGACGAAGGCAUCGCCGUCGUCGCCAUUUCUGAUCCCCACUUACCUUCCCGACAAGACGCCCUGAAUCUCGCCCAUUCAUUCAACUGGCCAAUUCAGACUUUUGCUGGCCACAAGGACCUGCUGGACAGCGAGCUGUGCGACGUGCUGGUCGUCUCCUCUCCCAACAUGACUCACUGCUCCAUCUUGCUCGAUAUCAUCGCCCACCGCAAGCCUCACCACGUCCUGGUCGAGAAGCCUCUCUGCACGACGGUCGCCGACUGCAGAAAGGUUGUGGCUGCCGCCAAAAGCAGGCCUGAAAUUCUGCUGCAGGUAGGGUUAGAAUACAGGUACAUGCCGCCAGUCGCCAAGCUGAUCGACGUUGUGAAAGGCGGUGAUUUGGGGCGCGUCCGAAUGGUCGCCAUUCGGGAGCAUCGUUUCCCCUUCCUAGUUAAGGUCGACAACUGGAAUCGAUUCAAUUGCAACACUGGCGGCACUCUCGUCGAGAAAUGCUGCCACUUUUUCGACCUCAUGAGGCUGUUCGCCGGCGCGGAUCCUGUCCGAGUCAUGGCUUCAGGAGCCAUGGAUGUUAAUCACAAAGACGAGGUCUAUGAUGGGAAGGUGCCCGAUAUAAUCGAUAACGCAUAUGUGAUCGUUGAGUUCGAAAAUGGCGUGCGAGGCGCGCUCGAUCUCUGUAUGUUUGCUGAAGGGAGUAAAAACGAACAAGAGAUAUCGGUGGUGGGCGACAUCGGAAAGGGCGAGGCAUUCGUUCCCGAGAGCAUCGUUCGUUGGGGUAUACGAGCAGAAGGAAGAGACGGCGUCAAGACAUUGAAAGCCGAGGAUGUUCGAAUAAAAUAUGAAGGGCUGCACCAUGGAUCUAGCUUUCUCGAGCAUCUUCAAUUCUUGUCUGCUGUAAGAGCGGAGGAUGCCGCAAGAGCUCCUUCCGUCGGCCUGCAAGAUGGACUGAUAUCUGUAGCCAUGGGAGUUGCAGCUCAGCUGUCUAUAGAGAAGGGUAGAUUUGUUACCAUUAAGGAGGUCAUGGAAUAGAUUAGGCUGUUUUGUUCAGUUAGUUUCGGUUGAAGGCCAAACCAUUUGAGUUGAACAUAUGAAAGAUUGAAGUUUAAGUGUUGUACCACUCUCCAAUUGCCAGCUGAAAA